UGUGCCGAUUGUGAUUUGUGACAGCCCACUGCAACCAACACCAACAAAAUUAAACCAUUUUCUCUUCUCUUCUGUUCUUUUCUUCAAUGGCUUUGGCUUGCCUGGAUCUCUUUCAAAUCUUCUCCUCUUUCUUUAUAAUCAUCAUUUCCAUUAUCCAAUUCCCCUGUUUCUCCCCCACACCUCACUCUUACACCUACCCUUUUCUCCCCCUUCCUGUUUUCUCAUCAAAAUGUUAAAACCCCUUGUUGGAAACUCUGUUUUUAGCCUUCCUUGAAGUGAAAUCGGAGAUGGCGGGUGAGGCGCCGCCGCGGAUGAAUGUUCUGUUUGGGAAAUACGAAAUGGGUCGGCUAUUGGGUAAAGGGACCUUUGCCAAGGUCUAUUAUGGAAGAAACUUGAUGACCCACGAGAGUGUCGCCAUUAAAGUGAUCCUCAAGGACAGGGUGAAGAAAGAGGGGCUUCUUGAGCAAAUCCGGCGAGAAAUUUCUGUCAUGGGGUUGGUUCGUCAUCCCCAUAUUGUGGAAUUGAAAGAAGUAAUGGCUACGAAAUCGAAGGUGUAUUUUGUGAUGGAGUAUGUUAAUGGAGGCGAACUGUUUGUGAAAUUGUCUCAACAAGGAAAAUUGACUGAAGAUGGAGCAAGAAAGUAUUUUCAACAACUUAUCUCCGCCGUGGACUUUUGCCACAGCCGUGGUGUCUCUCACCGUGAUUUGAAGCCUGAAAAUCUCCUUCUUGACGAGAAUGGGAAUUUGAAGGUCUCUGAUUUUGGCCUCUCUGCCCUGCCGGAGCAGCUCCGGAUCGACGGUUUGCUUCACACACGGUGUGGAACUCCGGCAUAUGUGGCGCCUGAGGUGCUCAGAAAGAAGGGCUACGAUGGCGCUAAGGCGGAUAUUUGGUCUUGUGGGGUGAUUUUGUUUGUGUUGCUUGCUGGGACACUGCCAUUUCGAGCUGAUAAUGUGAUGAAGUUGUAUAGAAAGAUUUUCAAGGCGGAGUUUGAAUUUCCUCCAUGGUUUUCUUCAGAAGCCAUGGAAAUGGUGUCUAAGCUUCUAGUUGUUGAUCCUCAAAAGAGAGCUUCAAUGGUUGAGAUAAUGCAGAGUCCUUGGUUUCAAAAGGGCUUCACAAAACCAGUUUCAUUCGCUGAGAAAGAUGAAUUCAGCAAUGAAUUCUCUGAAUUAGCAAAUCCCAAGUUUUUGUCAUCUCCUCCUUUUUACAAUGCCUUUGAGUUCAUUUCCUCAAUGUCCUCUGGUUUUGACUUAUCUAGUUUGUUUGAAAGCAAGAAGAGACGAGGCUCCAUUUUCACUUCAAAAUGCUCUCCUUCAGCAAUUAUAGCCAAGCUUCAAUCUCUAGCCGUGAAGCUCAACUUCAAGGCUACUAACCUGAGGGAGUUCAAGGUGAGACUGCAGGCCAAGGAGGAAGGGAGGAAAGGGAAAUUGGCAGUCACCGCAGAGGUUUACGAGGUGGCACCGGAGCUGGCGGUGGUCGAGUUCUCGAAAUCAACCGGCGACACUUUGGAGUACAAUAAGUUUUGUGAGAAGGAUGUGAGGCCUGCAUUGAAAGACAUAGUUUGGAGCUGGCAAGGAGAGAAUGAGUGCCUAUUAACAGUGGAUUCUUUGCAAAAUGACCAUUGAGGGAGAAAAAGAAGCCAUUUUUGUGCAUGAUGGACAGGAAUUUCUCUUUGAAAUUCCCUUUUUAAUGUGUUUGGAGGAGGGAAGAAUGUAUAGACUAAAGUAUGGCAUUGAAUGGUUCUGGUUUAGAUUAGAAGACAGUGUGAGUUGAUAGCUAUGUGUUUGGAAUUGGUCAACUUUGUGAAUACUUAAUAGGAUUUGCUUGUAAAAUACUUGGCUUUGUUAAAGAGUGAUCAGUUUAUUAGUUUUGAUAAAUUUCAUAUAACAAAUUUAUGUUAUAUGGGCUUUGACCAUUUGUAAUUUGUCUAAUGUUUUUGGGGGUCUUGAAUAUAAAUUUUUGACAUAUAAUACAAUUCUUA